AUGGGCGGUUCUGCAAGCUCUCCGAUCCCUGGCGGUGGGACGUCUGGGUACCACGUACUGCGAGUUCAGGACGGUUCACCUGGUCAUCAAGCUGGUUUGGAAGCUUUUUUCGAUUUCAUUGUUGCAGUCGGCGACAAACGUCUGGAGGAAGAUAAUGACUGCAUUAGAGAUUUAUUACAGGCCAAUAAAGAUAAACCUGUUCGCCUACUUGUUUAUUCGUCUAAGUCUCAAUCUUGUCGUGAAGUAACUCUAAUACCCAAUAAUCAUUGGGGUGGUCAGGGUUUGAUGGGUGUCAGUAUUCGAUAUUGUUCAUUUGACAGAGCUAAUGAAAAUGUAUGGCACGUAUUAGGUGUAGAGUCUAAAUCACCGGCGGAUUUGGCUGGAUUAAAACCAUACACAGAUUACAUAAUUGGUGCAAACUCCGUAUUGAAUAAUAGAGAUGAUUUUUUCGAACUAAUCGAUUCUUCCGACGGGCACGUGAUCCAAUUGUAUGUUUAUAAUUCUGAAUUGGAUUCAUGUCGUGAAGUACAUCUCAAACCUGAUUCCAACUGGGGUGGGAAUGGCUUACUCGGUUGUGAUAUUGGUUUUGGUUAUUUACAUCGUAUUCCAACAGCAGUAUCAACACUACCUGAAUCUUCACAGUUACCGAAUAAUGCGCUGCAUUAUCCCCAAGAACCUUUGAAAUCGUCAACUGUUACUGAAUCAAAAUUACCACCUGCGUCAUCUAAUGAAAUUACUAACGGAGUUGCUGCUCCUUGUUAUCCUCCACCUUCGUAUACGUUCAACAAUACAUCAUCAAAUAAAUUUGCUGAGGUUCCUCUAGUUUCUUCAUCAAUGCAACCCACAAUACCGCCGUCAUCGAACCCACCUCCAACUACUUAUCCUACUCAAGUUCAUGUAGAUCAUUUUAACUAUGCUUACGCUCCCGUCCCAUCUUCAGCAUUUACACAAAAUUCAAAUAUCCCGCCUCCUGCACCUCUUCCUCCUGGAUUGACAAAUAUAUUUAGUAUGCCAUCAAUAAGUUCUCCAUCUAUUGUUGGUAGUGUUCCUGUUGUAUCUUCAGAUGCACCUUUGAUUUCUUUCGAACCUACAAAAAAUGUUGGAAAUUCUCCUCAAUAUUCACAGUUUAAUAUACCACAAAUGUCAAGUGCUCAAUAUUUUCAACCUGUCACUGAUAAUCUACCUACUUCUACCAUGAUUUCAUUGCCUGGAAUGCCACCAUUAGACGUUAAAAUGCCUCCUCUAGAAAGUCUCAAUCUUUCUACAAAUCAAAGUUCAUAA